AGCUUUUAUUUUGAUAUUUGAACCCGGGGACCCAGGAAGAAACCGGUGCAGGAUAGCUAUAGCAUAUUUGCGUGAGCUGAAAGCCCGAAAACCCGUCAGGAUGUCGGAGAUAUCGCUUUUUCUGAUCAACGCGAGCGUUGCUGUGACCGAGAACACGGGCACCGAGAAGGGCUCCAGCAAAGGGAAGGAUUUUGAGUGUGUGGAGCUGGGAGAGCUAGAGGACAAGGAUCAGUCCACAGAAAAGACACCGCGCAGGAUCAUCCACUUCUCCAGCGGCGAAACAAUGGAGGAGUACAGCACGGAGGAGGAGGACAACUCUGAGAAACAUCCAGAGAAAAAAGACCUUUUGUCCCCUAUAGACACAUCCAAGCUGACGUGGGGCCCAUAUGUGUGGUUUCAGAUGUGGAGGGCAGCUACAUCCACUGUGUCAGGUAGUGCUUGUGAUUACCUGGGUGAGAGGAUGGCGUCGUUGUUUGGCAUAACCUCCGCUAAAUAUCAGUAUGCCAUUGAUGAGUUUGAUCGGAUGAAAGAGAAGGACAAAGAUGUUGAGGAGUCCCAUCUCUCUGAGGAAGCCGAGAGCCGUUUUGAAGAACCGCAUAGCGAGAAGAAACCAAAGCUGAAUCAACCUGAAACCCCUCCUACUCAGGCCAGUGCCACCACUGAGGCCUCUUCUACACUCAGUACAGUCAGUGUCCAUGUUAGCCAUGUAAGCACUUAAUUAUCGCUAGAUACCUUGUGUUGUCAACAUAGUUUUUUUCUUUUUACUGCAACGCUACAUUUAGAUAGUUAACAAGCCUCUGGCAUGAAUAGAGGGUGUAACUCUCUUUAAAUAUCUGUUUUUGUUCUCUCUAAUAACGUUUCUGAUCCUGGAAUAACUCACACCGGCAUUAACCUCAAAAUGUAUGUAACGUUUGUUUGUUGGUUUAUAAUAUUUAUAAUGCACAAUAUUAGAUACUGUAAUGUCACAUUUGGAACUCCACAUUUGUUUGUGGGUUUUUUGUUUGUAUGUUUUUUAUACAAUGUGUUAAAAUUUGGCAAAUGGACCGUAAUGUUCUAAAAUGGGCUAAAAUCUUUCCAGAUUUUAUUUGUAAUUUUACUCCUGUGUGUUUUUUGACAGAAGCUAUAUGCUUUCAUUAUGUGGUUGCCAAGUCCUUUAAAAAAGAAGUAGGAAGAUACAUAUGAAGCCUUAAAUCCGUGCACUGAUGUUUUUAAUUGUAUUGCAUAUUUAUUACUUAUAUUUAUUUUAAUACUUAUUUUUAUUCUAAUCUACUCUUUUUAUAGUUUUCUAUUUAACACUAAAAUAAAAUGACGAAUUACAAAAA